AUGGAUAAUCCAUUGUUUAAACAACCAACCGAAUCGAACCAACAGGCGCCGCCGCAACCUUUUGUGAGGGAUAGAGGAGGAGAUCAGCAAAUCGACCCCAACCUAUCCAACCAAGAAGGCCCUGACAUCCGACCUGAUAUCCGACCUGGCCGGCAACGGGUCAAACGUGCAUGCCAACCUUGUAAAUCAAGAAAGAAGCGUUGUGAUGGUUCCGAGCCUUGCGCUACAUGCAUCCGAUAUGGUUACGAAUGUCAUUACGAGCUUGGCCCUAGGAAGCGAAGAAGACAUACUUUGAAGGAUCACGACACCGACGUCUCUCAAAGUCACAGCUCACCUGAUACGAGUACUCAUCAUCGAGAGGAAAGUGAGAGAGCAAAUAGUGAAAGUGCUCAUGUACCACAACCUGGUGGUUCCAAAGAUACGAAUCUUUGGGGAAAGGCAUUUGCGACUUCUUUGGCUUUGAAAUUGGAUGCCGGGAAGUUGAGUAAACCUCAUCUGGCUUGGAACUUAGGACUCAAGGAUGAACAAUCGUAUGCGCAACCAGCGAUCACCAGGAUUAUUGAUCAAGCUGAGAUGCAAAGGCUUUCUGAUCACUACUUCGAUACCACACAUCAAAUCUUUGGUGUCUUCAAAAGAGAUUUGUUUGAUCAGAAGAUAUCGGAGAGAUGGGGAAUAAAUUUCAAUAGCUCAGAUCCACAUGAUCCCAUAUUGUGUGGCGUUGCAGCAUUGGGAUCUUUGUUCUCGGGUGGCAGUCCAAGUCCGGCAGAGGCAUCGCUGGUAGAGUUGGCAAAGAUGGCUUUAGAAACCACAAGUGUGUUGAAUUACCCUUCUCGACAUCAUGUCGUUGCAUGGGUAUUAAGAACACUCUAUCUGAGGUGUACAGCUUGUCCGCAUGCUGCAUGGAUUUCCAGCUGUACGACAAUGCACAUUAUUGAAAGUGUUGGAAUGGAAGAUGACUCGGAUCAAGUUAGUAGCGAUAUAGACCUCGAACGCGGAAUUGGUUGUGGGGUCUUGAAUAUGCAAAGACUAUUUUGGAUCGCUCUUUUGAUGAAUUCAUGGGUUGCAAAUGAUUAUGGUCGGUCGAAAGUUACUGUGAAGAUACCUACGCCACCUUUUCCCUCACCUGAAAGUGAAAUGGAUCUCACCAUCGAUUAUCUUACGCUCUUUCAAAUAUCGGAACGUCUCGAUCAAGAUGUCACCCAUACAGCGAUGGAAUUUGAAGCAGGAAUCGCAGCGGCGUAUGCCUUUCAUGCUCGAUCAGACGGAGCUAUUCUCUCACAGACAAAUCUCUGCUUAGGAUUAUAUCGUCGUCUACGUCUUUUAGCCCCAACUAUAUCACCUGAGACUGUUGAUCAGGUAAUAUCCGUCUGCACAAAAGGUUUAAGAGCCGUCAUGAGAAUGGUAGAGCGUCGUCAACCGUGGUGGCAUAUCGCCAACAUUCCUUUCCAAUUUGUCUGCGUCCUUCUCACCAUGGAUACACCGGACUCACUAUCGCAUAUCGGGGAAGCGCUCGACACUUUAGAUGCAGUAUCUCGCUGUUUCACAACUCGCUCACUUGCAGAGUCGGCAGCAACAGCUAGAACAUUAGUUGAAUUAUCUCGAAAGAGAAAACAGGAGGAGAUUAAUAUACUAUCUCAUGGCCUGAAAACCAGGGUCGAACCGAUUCCGACUGGUCAAUUGCCAAUCCCCGGGAUGAUUGGUAAACAAAUGGUUCCAUCACCGAUGGGGAUGGGAAAUGCGAAUGUGAGUAUGAGUAAUAUGGUGCAGGGAAUGCCGAAUAUUGGUUCUAUGGAUUUUUCAGGAUUUGACUGGGAUUUGUUUUUGACGAAACGCUUAGCAUUCUUUGAAAGGGCUCUUUGGGCAGACAUGACAAGCUUUGCCAAAUAUUAG